AUGUACAUGCUAAGGCUGAGCCUUGGCGCUCGAACACCUAACUUGACCACAACUCUCGCCGGUCAUAACAGCAACUAUUCUAGAGAAGCAGUGGCGACGAGUCUGCCUCCGGGCAACGUAGGACCUGAGAUCGAGAGCUGGUUCGGCGUUGGAGAUGGCGCAGACCCCGCAGCGGAGAAUGACUGGUCAUUCCUCCCCUUCAUGGCCCUCUCGGACGGCGCCCACGCAUCCACCCAAGAUUUCUCCUACUUCACCCUCCGUCGAAGAGCUACGGGUACCAGCCCUCCCACCUCCGUUUUUGGCAUAUCGUGCACCCGGCAAAUGGACGCCAAUGAACUUCUGAACAAACCGCCCGAUGUCACGAGGAGUACAGUGCAAAAGGCGAUUGUGGUUGUUGCGGAUAGUCCACAACUCUUUGGGCAGUUGAGAGAGAGGCUUUCUAUGGUCACGGGUGCGUGGUUCGCACAGAAGGACUUUACAGAUGUGGACAUCCUGAAGGUCGGUCUAUCAUUGAGGGAACUCAUACACGAAUACAAGCACCAAACACUGGUGCUCUUCAAAUGCUGCUUGCUGCAACCGAAGAUGCUUUUCUUCGGUUCCCGCUGUGAGCGACUAUGCAUGUUGCAAUUUGCUUUGGUUUCUUUGAUACCCGGUCUUUUGCGGAGAUUGCAAGACGCUGCGGAUCCAGAUUUCGACAGCUACGAAAAGAACUUGGUCAUGCCAACGUCUUUGAAAACAAGUGACCGGAAUUCUUUGCUGUCUUAUAUGGGCCUCCCGCUGCAGCUCUUCGGCAAAGGUGCUCUCUUCGGACCAUAUACACCAUUGCAGCAGCUGGACGUCUUGGCCGACUACGGCACGAAGUCAUACAUCGUAGGAUCCACCAACUCUCUUCUCUUGCAGCAGAAAGAUCGCUACAGUGACAUACUCGUCAAUCUUGACGAAACGACCAUCAAUAUCACUUCAUCCUCCCUCAGGACUGCCCUAGUUCUAUCUGCGGCAGAUAGGCGUUGGAUAGACUUUCUGAGCACCACCGUCCACGAGACCUGGGACGAAAACAACCCCUCCCGACCCAAAACAAUGGGCUACAUGGGCUCCGAAGAAUUCAUCCGCCUCCAGUUCGAAGAGUAUCUCCUGGCCUUUCUCUCUUCCGUAAAGUACCACCUCUAUCUCUCGCAUUCACCGCCCCUUCCCACAAUCGAAGGUGACCCAACGAUCGACUUCAACCCAGACUUCAUCCACAACUGGUGCCAGACCUCCAACUUUGCACUCUUUGACUCUCACACCGACUCCGACCUCUUCGACAUCGUCGAGCCUCGCCAUCCCACAGCAGGAAAUCUCAGCUUCGAGGACAUACAACGCCGUCUCGCGCUGCAAAUCCAGACAUUGCAUCUCGAUGACAGAUUAGCAACGAGCAAGGAAGCACUGAACAAGCACUUAGCAACCGGCCACAAAAAGGUCUCCACGGCCUUCUCAAACCUCUGGGCGGACAUCGAAGCAAUGCGAGAAGCCCAGCGCAAACGUGCCGAAAUCGCUAGCUUCGGAAGCAUCAGAGCCAGCUCCAACACUGGCGAGCCAUCCUCGGAGAAUGCUCCUUCAGCACAGCGCUUCGCAGCUCGCGCUCCCGAUCUCACAGCCGCGCAAGCCUCCGUGCAGGCGGCAGGGCAGAAAGCAGGCGCGUACAUCUCCUCCUGGGGUGCGUGGGCGAGUGAAAGGAGGAAAGGGUGGGCGAAGGGGAGUCCGAAUGCGAGUAGUGAGAAUGUAGCUGCUGGAGUAACGAGUCCGACGAAGCUGGCCAAAUGGAACAGCGGGAUUGGAGGGAAGAGGAUUCGGGAGGAGAAGGGUGGUGAUGGGAUUGGGAGGCUGGAUGCCUGA